CUGGAGAAAACCAAAGGCUCACCUCGUCCCGGCAAAUAAACCAUCUCCGUCUUCAUCCUCUCCACCGCCAGUAUCGGUUUGAUAUAGAUCUGUCCUUCCACGCGGUUGAGAGAAGUUCUAGCAUGAAAUCGGCCGACAGAACUAAUUUAUCAGGUAAGCGGAAGCUAGAUCCAAAAUAUGAGUCAGAGACCAAAUGGACCCUGAAGAAACACAAGGAAAGAUCCGAGGAGAAGGAGACAACGCAAGGAUUUGCUGAUAAUCUCCUCCAGGAGGUCAAAGGAAGGGUUGAGUUGGUUGAGACAAAGUCUGAUGCUAAUUUAAUUCUAGUCAAGGGGACAGUGCAAGGACUUGAUGAAACUCCCCAUUUUGUUGAGGGGGUUGACGUAAGAAAAAAGACGCUCAUUGUUGACAACCUCUCUUCUCAAGCCGGAAUAUCAGACAUCAUUGAUUUCUUCGAAGAUGUUGGAAAAGUUGUUCAAGUUACAAGAGUUGUAGACCACAUGGGCUUCGAUCUUGGCUCUGGCUCUGUUGAGUUUGCUUCUGCCAACGAAGCAAAGAAGGCGCAGGAAAAGAAGAAUGGUGACUAUUUGUGUGGUGAGAAAAUUACUCUGGGCUUGGCUAAGGUAACCCCAUACCCUCAUACUCCAAGGUAGAUUGAUUUUUCAUGUUUUGGAGAUUUGUUUCUAUAACUUAUUGCUGGAGUUUUGAUGCCACUGCGGAUCAUUAAUGCAUCUGUUUUUGUUAAUCAGGUUUUGCUUGGAACACAAGGUUUGGUACGAAGACUACAUUCGACGAGAAAGCUUUCCGAUAGGGGAAGAGGAGAUACCUCCCCAUUUUUUUAAGGUACCUACUCUUAGUAUUAUCCUCAUCAUCUUCAGUAUAUGUCUGGCUCAGAAGAGACACUUAGCUUUUAAUAUCCGAACUGUUGUUGCAAAGUU